AUGACCAUCGAGAGCUUCGCGUGGCGCGUGGACCGCGAUGCCGUGCGCGGGCGGAUGCUGCGCGCCACGCGCGACUUGCAGGAGGGCGAGAGCGUGCUGAGCGAGCGCGCGUACGGCAACGUGGUGCUGUCGCAGCACCGCGCGACGCUGUGCGCCGUGUGCCUCUGCGCGGCCGACCCGGACAUUUGCUGCGACGACUGCUCCAAGGUGUUUUUCUGCAGCGACGCGUGCCAGGAGAAGCUGCAGGACGUGCACGAGAAGGAGUGCGGGGCGCUGGAGGAGGCGGACCUGGCCGCGCGCAAGACCAGCACGGACGUGGACCUGCUGCGCCUGCUGAUCCGGAUCUUGGCGGCGCGCUCGCUGGACACCGCGGACGGGAAGCUGCGCGCCGACGAGCAGGGCGUGGUGCACGCUAGCUACGCUGGUGUGCAGGACCUGGUGCACGUGCUGGACAAGGAGGGCGGCGCGUGGGCGGAUCACGUGCGCGCUGGCGCCAAGAAGAUUUUGGAAGACCUUCCGGACGAGUGUCAUCUGCCCGUGGAGGAGAUUCUCGUUAUCGCAGCGCAGAUCAAUGAGAACUCGUACUCGAUGGAUGCGUUGGAUGAAAAGCAUUUGGUGGCGGCCGUGGGGCUGUUCCCGAUCUGCGGACUGAUCAACCACAGCUGCCAGCCGAACUGCACCUGGUCGAACGCGGGAGACGGGAUCGCGGAAGUGAGAGCGCUGCGGGACAUCAAGGAAGGAGACGAGAUCACGCUGAGCUACAUUGACAUUGACAAGGAGCGCGCCGAGCGACGCAAGGAGCUGCGUGAGACCAAGCACUUCGAUUGCCAGUGUGGCCGGUGCGCGGCGCCGCUGAGCGAGUCGGUCGACCGCUACCUGGAAGGAUUCUGCUGCCCGCGUUGUUCUGUGAUGGCUUCUGGGAAGGACUACUUGCUCGCUCAGGUGGAAGACAAGCUGGUGUGUUCUGACUGUCAGCUCGAUGUAUCGGCGGCUGCUGUCGCUUCGGCAGCCCUCGCAGCGAGGAAUACGCUGGCGAAAGCGAAGCAGAAUCUGAACCAGUUCAAGUACGCGGAGGUCGUGACGCAGCUCACGAACCUUUCAAAGGGCAUUGAAGUGCGCGGCCAGGUGAUCCCGUUCCACCGUAGUCACGGUAUUGCGAUGGCGGUGGCGCGGGCCCUCUCCGAUGCCCAAUUCAAGCUGGGCAACAUCGUUCAGGCAUACGAUCUGCGCAAGCAGCUCCUCCAGGCUCUUGAACUCGUGGCUUGGCGCAGCCACCUACCUCUUGCGCUCGCCCACUUCGACUAUGCAGACACGCUCCGGCGUAUGCUGGUGAAUCCAUCAAUUCCUCUUCCCGAGAACCUGAACCACGACGAGUUGCAACAGGAGAUGCGCGCUUCCUACCAAGCUUUCAGCGAUAUCUGCGCUGUUUGUCUCGGAAAGGCUAAUCCGUUGCACCACCGUGCGUUUGCUGCUCUGAAAUUCUGA